AUGGUCUACGCCGGUGACUGUGGAAAGGUCGAGAACAAAGAUACAUGGGUGCAUCUGGGGCUCAACGUGGUGGCCACGGUAUUGCUUGCCAGCUCGAAUUACUGCAUGCAGUUACUCUCAGCGCCCAGUCGAAGUGAGCUCGACAAGGCUCAUGCCAAGCAGAAAUGGAUGGAUGUCGGGAUUCCCAGUGUGCGGAAUCUCCUCUUCUUGAGAAAGAAGAAAGUCAUUCUGUGGUGGGUUCUGGGAUUAUCGUCGCUUCCGCUGCAUCUAGUGUACAAUUCCGUCUUCUACUCUGCCUUGGCGACGAACAACUAUAGCGUCCUGUACGCCUCGGAAAGUUUCGUGCAAGGCGCCGCCUAUGACAAAUCUGAAUUCCCAGACACCGAAGCAUGCAACGUCACCGAGAUCCAAGCCGGCGCCCGAGCUGGGAAUUAUACCGUGCUCAGCAAUGACGACUGCAUUCGUGCCUAUGCGCGGGACUUCGUCGAAGACCGCCGGAACGUGAUCGUGGUGGUGAAGAAUCCUCCCUCGAACCAGGGCUCUCUGUUCAAGAUCGCCGACAACGAAUUCCCCGAAGAGAUCACCAGCCAGUACAACCCUUUCUCCUGGAUUUGCGAUAAUCCAGACGUCGUCAAUCAAACGGACGCUUGCUGCGAGAACAGAUGGGGCUUCAUACCUUGCUCCAAGAUCACGCCGAAGCUCAUCGACAUUGCGGACGAGUGGUCGACGGGCGGGUUCGAAGUCGAUCACUGCCUGUCCGAAUCCGUCAAAUCGGAGUGCCAUAUGCAUUUCAACCUCAUCCUCAUGGGCGUGGUGCUGGGUUUCAACAUCCUCAAGGCCUGCGCCAUCGCCUAUGUCGUAUUCUCGCUGGGAGAGACACCCCUCGUUACCGUGGGCGAUGCUUUGCAGUCCUUCCUCCGCAAUCCCGACCCAACAACCGAGGGGAUGUGCCUUGCCAGCCAUGACAGCAUCGUCGCAUCCUCCCGGCUCGGCUACAAGUCCAUGCCCAUGAGGUACGACCCCAAGCAGCGCCGAUUUUACGAGGCCGCAACCUGGAAACAAUGGAUGUUCCUCCUCACCGUGUUCUCAUUUGCGGGCAUCGGGACGUCCAUCUGCUUGGCCCUCGGCAUCCAGAACUUCAAGGGCGACAAGACGAUCCAGAACGCGUGGUCCAUUGGCCUGGGCACGGUGAAGCCGCAAAACCUGAUCAUGGGCUGGAACCUCCCGGGCUACGAGAACAGAACAAUCGCGAUCUCGACCCUGAUCGCCAACGCGCCGCAGGCCCUCUUCUCGUUCCUCUACGUCUGCUACAACAGUCUCUUCACCGUCAUGUUCCUGGCGCGCGAACUCAUGCGCUUCAGCGUCACGGCCGGCCGAGGCCGCAAGUACCUGCGCGUCAGCGACGCCCGGGGCGAACAAAAGUCGACCUACUUCCUGCAGCUGCCCUUCAAGUACGGCAUUGUGCUCCUUGUCGGGUCCGGCCUGAUGCACUGGCUCGUCUCGCAGAGCAUCUUCCUCGCCAACAUCGCCAUCAUCCCCCGCGACGGCACCGUGCCCAUGAAGGACGAGAUCACCACGGUGGCCUACUCGCCCAUCGGCAUGCUGUUUAUGCUCUUCCUCGGCUUCUUUCUGUUGGUGUUUCUCUUCGCCACCGCGCUGCGCAAACUCCCCUUCGGCAUGCCCUUGAUUGGAAGCAAUUCCAUGGCCAUCAGCGCGGCGUGCCAUUUACCGCCCGGCACCACCCAAUCCGAGCGCGAAGACAUGGUCCUCAGACCGCUCAGCUGGGGCGCCUUCGAUGAAAAUGGCACAAGUGGCUUCGGCCACUGCUGCGUCAGCGACCGGGUGCUGGAUGCUCCUGAGAGGGGGAAAUUUUACAUUUAA